AGCUGGAUGGCGGCGGAGAGAGCGUCCGCGGCGAGUUUCCCAAGAAAGCUAAACUUGUCCGAAGUUUACUGUGCAUCAGCUUGCACCCGGCGAAUUGGUGGCGGGCUUUUUCCGUGCGGGUGGUCUUUGGGCGCGGGAGAGACAAGCAAGACUACCUGGGGGCUGUUCCUCGUGGGGCUGACCCCCGAGGCCCCGCUAUGGACGGCGAGAGUGAAGUGAAUUUUUCUAGCAACAGUUUAACCCCUUUGUGGCGGAGGCGGUCAACCCCUCAGCCCCAGCUGCUGGGCCGGAGCAAGCCGAGACCUCAGUCUUACCAGAGCCCCAGCGGGUUGCUGAUCACGGAUUUCCCGGUGGAGGACCGAGAGCCGCUCCCCUCGGCUCAGACUCCCGCCCAGGUCCCCACCACCUCGAAUGGCAGGACGUUCCAGAGGAGUCCCCUGCUUCUGUGCGUCCAUCCGAGGGUCGUGGCCAAUGGGAGAACGGUCUCCCCAGAGUACAGGGCAGUCUCUCCUCGGCUCCGACGGCCCAAGUCACCCCAGGCCCCCAAAGCAGCGUUGGGCGGCUCCCCGAAAUCCCCAGCGAAUGGAACGGUGACCUCAUCUGCGCCGCAGCCGGAGGCGCUGCGCCCCCCGCGGACUCCUAAUUCAUCCGCCCCCUGCAGCCCGGGGGACCCGACUAGAUUGACUGCCAGCCCCCUGCCUUCGCCGCCUGCAAAUGGGUUUACCCCUAAUACCGACUCCACAGGCUCCCGUUUGCAAUCCGACCAGCCAGCGAAGGACUCUGAGCGGGGACCCUCGAGACCCUCCCCUGCGCCCCAGAAAAGGUCUGUGGAACAAAAACUUCCCCUCCAAAGGCUGCCCUCACAGGAGAACGAGUUCCUGGAGAAUCAUUCAGUGGUUUUGAGCACAAACAGCCCCGCUGCCCUCAAAGUGGGGAAGCAACAGAUUAUUCCGAAGAGCCUGGCCUCGGAAAUUAAACUAAGUAAAAACAACAGUCAGAAUGUGGAGCCCCACAAGAGACUCCUGAAGGUGCGCAGCAUGGUGGAGGGCCUCGGAGCGCCUCUGGGCCCCGCAGAGGACGAGAGCGAGGCAGAGAACGACGGAGACAGCCCGGGGUCUCUGCGGAGAGGCUUGCGGUCCACGUCCUAUCGCAGAGCGGUGGUCAGUGGUGUUGAUUUUGACAGUCCUACCACCUCGAAGAAGAAGAACAGAAUGUCCCAGCCGGUUCUGAAAGUAGUGAUGGAAGACAAAGAGAAGUUUUCCAGCCUGGGAAGGAUAAAGAAAAAAAUGCUGAAAGGACAAGGACCAUUUGAUGGGGAAGAAAAUGCUGUCCUAUAUCAGAACUACAAAGAAAAGGCCCUUGACAUUGACUCUGAUGAAGAAUCGGAGCCCAAAGAACCGAAGUCAGACGAAAAAAUCGUGAUUCACCAUAAGCCGCUGAGAUCUGCAUGGAGCCAGCUCUCUGCAGUGAAAAGAAAUGGAUUAUCUCAGACAGUUAGCCAGGAGGAAAGAAAGAGACAAGAGGCUAUCUUUGAAGUCAUAUCCUCUGAACAUUCAUAUUUACUCAGCUUGGAGAUCUUGAUACGAAUGUUUAAAAAUUCUAAAGAACUGAGCGAUACGAUGACCAAAACAGAGAACCACCAUCUUUUCUCCAAUAUUACAGACGUCUGUGAGGCAAGCAAAAAAUUCUUUACAGAGUUGGAAGCCAGGCAUCAGAAUAAUAUCCUCAUAGAUGACAUAAGUGACAUUGUGGAAAAACAUACAACAUCAACAUUUGACCCGUAUGUGAAAUACUGCACAAAUGAAGUCUAUCAACAACGAACACUACAAAAAUUGUUAGCGACCAAUCCAUCUUUUAAAGAAGUAUUGACACGAAUCGAGUCCCACGAAGACUGCAGGAACUUACCCAUGAUCUCUUUUCUCAUUCUCCCCAUGCAGAGGGUAACCCGCCUUCCCCUGCUGAUGGAUACUAUCUGUCAAAAAACACCUAAGGACUCUCCCAAGUAUGAAGUCUGCAAAAGGGCCUUAAAGGAAGUAAGCAAGUUGGUUCGUCUGUGCAAUGAAGGAGCCCGGAAGAUGGAAAGGACUGAAAUGAUGUACACAAUUAACUCCCAGCUGGAAUUUAAAAUUAAGCCUUUCCCUCUAGUCUCCUCUUCCCGGUGGUUGGUAAAGAGGGGAGAGUUGACAGCCUAUGUGGAAGACACUGUGCUUUUCUCAAAAAGGACAUCCAGACAGCAAGUCUACUUCUUCCUCUUUAACGACGUGCUCAUUAUCACCAAGAAAAAGAGUGAAGAAAGUUACAACGUCAAUGAUUAUUCCUUAAGAGAUCAGCUAUUGGUGGAGUCUUGUGACAAUGAAGAGGUCACUUCUUCUCCAGGGAAGAACAGCUCCACGAUGCUUUAUUCACGACAGAGCUCUGCCAGUCACCUCUUUAGGCUGACGGUGCUUAGUAACCAUGCGAACGAGAAAGUGGAAAUGCUGCUGGGGGCUGAGACACAGAGUGAUCGAGCCCGCUGGAUAACCGCGCUGGGACACAGCAGCGGGAAGCUGCCCCCGGACCGAACCUCACUAACCCAGGUGGAAAUCAUUAGAUCAUUUACUGCCAAGCAGCCAGAUGAACUCUCCCUGCAGGUGGCAGACGUGGUCCUCAUUUAUCAACGUGUCAGUGAUGGCUGGUAUGAAGGGGAAAGACUGCGAGAUGGAGAGAGGGGCUGGUUUCCUAUGGAAUGUGCCAAGGAGAUAACCUGUCAAGCUACAAUUGAUAAGAAUGUGGAGAGAAUGGGACGUUUGCUAGGACUGGAGACCAAUGUGUAGCCUCUCUGAUGGCCUUUUGUUACUGCGCGAUUUGCACUACAUCAUGGUGGGCUGGUUGGUUCUGGGCUGGUUUUGUUAAUUUUAACACAGCCUAUUGAAUUAAAAGAAUGAAAACGUUUGCCUUUAAGCUUGCCAGGUAGUUAUGUUCUCUCAGGAGAACAGCUGCUGGAUAGUUAGUUCACAAAGCUCAGUUUGUGUUCCACAAGCCUCUUGCAAACCUCCAGGCAAACAGCAUAGCUGAGCCGUCCACCUCAGGGAUCCGGCGGCCUCAGCUCCUUCUAGCUGCACCAUGUCUGACAUAAAAAAAAGCAUGUAAGAUGCUGUAGCCUGAUUUUUCCUAUCCUCACUUAACCAAGAACGUACUAUCCCUCUUUAAACAUCUCCUGUGUACGGUUCUCCUAGUAUUAGCAAGGUUUUGUAUCUUUAAGGAAUGCCCAGUUUUAUAAAUAUUUUUCUGCCUCUUGUAUUAUAGAUCUGAUUAUAAUGCUAUGUUGAUUUGAAAAGGAACUGAUGAGCUAAGUUUUUCUAAACCUCUUCCCAAGAAAGGGAAAUGGUCACUUGAAUCUUUGCCACCUCUUUCCUCAACAGAAGGGAAGGAGCCUUAAUUAAAAAAAAAA